AUGAAAGUGACCUUAUCAGCUCUGGAUACUCAUGAGAGUUCUUUCACGCCUUUGGUCAUCAUAGAACUUGCUCAGGAUGUCAAGGAAGAAACCAAAGAAUGGCUGAAAAACAGAAUCAUCACUAAAAAGAAAGAUGGAGGUGCUCAGCUGUUGUUUAGACCAUUGUUAAAUAAAUAUGAGAAAGAAACACUGGAAAAUCAGAACUUGUAUCUUGUCGGUGCCUCCAAGAUUCGAUUGUUGCUGGGGGCAGAAGCAGUGGGAUUGGUAAAAGAGUGCAAUGAUAACACCAUGAGAGCCUUUACGUAUGGAACCCGACACAACUUCAAAGAUUUUGAUGAUGAUAAUGAUGAUUUCCUCAGCAUGGCAGAACGUCAAUUCAUUAUCAAACAUGAACUUGAAAAUCUUCGAGCCAGAGAUGAAAAAAUGAUCCCUGGUUACCCCCAGGCAAAAUUGUACCCAGGAAAAUCACUAUUGAGAAGGCUGCUCACGUCUGGCAUUGUGGCUCAGGUGUUCCCACUGCAUGACAAUGAGGCCCUGAAGAAGCUUGAGGAUGCCUGGUAUACUCGAUUUACCUUGAAGUUUCAGCCCAUAGACAGAAUUCGUGGCUACUUUGGAGAAACCAUCGCUCUUUAUUUUGGCUUUCUGGAGUAUUUCACGUUUGCCUUAAUCCCCAUGGCCAUCAUUGGGUUACCUUACUACUUGUUUGCAUGGGAAGACUAUGACAAGUAUGUGAUCUUCGCCUCGUUCAACCUGAUCUGGUCCACGGUGAUCUUGGAAGUGUGGAAGCGAGGCUGUGCCAGCAUGACCUACCGGUGGGGUACCCUGGUCAUGAAGAGGAAGUUCGAGGAGCCCCGGCCGGGCUAUCACGGAGUCCUGGGCGUCAAUGCAGUCACUGGCCGGGAGGAGCCGCUCUACCCCAGCUACAAGAGACAGCUGCGCAUUUACCUGGUCUCCCUGCCCUUCGUGUGCCUCUGUCUGUAUUUCUCUCUGUUUGUCAUGAUGAUUUACUUCGACAUGGAGGCCUGGGCCUUGGGUCUGCACGAGGACAGCGGGUCCGAGUGGACCAGCAUCUUGUUGUAUGUGCCCAGCAUCAUCUAUGCCAUCGUGAUUGAGGUCAUGAACCGCCUCUAUCGAUACGCCGCUGAGUUUUUAACCUCAUGGGAGAAUCACAGAUUGGAAUCUGCCUACCAGAAUCACCUAAUUCUGAAAGUGUUAGUGUUCAACUUUCUGAAUUGCUUUGCCUCACUUUUCUACAUUGCCUUUGUCCUGAGGGAUAUGAAGCUUUUGCGUCAGAGCUUGGCUACUCUCCUGAUCACCUCCCAGAUCCUUAACCAAAUUGUGGAAUCUCUUCUUCCUUAUUGGCUCCAAAAGAAGCACCAUGUGCGGGUGAAGAAGAAGGUGGAAGCUCUAAAGGCAGACAUCGAUGCUACAUUAUAUGAACAGGUCGUUCUGGAAAAGGAAAUGGGAACUUAUUUGGGCACCUUUGAUGAUUACUUGGAGUUAUUCCUGCAGUUUGGUUAUGUGAGCCUUUUCUCCUGUGUUUACCCACUGGCAGCUGCCUUCGCUGUGCUAAAUAAUCUCACUGAAGUUAAUUCAGAUGCCUUAAAAAUGUGCAGAGUCUUCAAACGUCCGUUCUCAGAACCCUCAGCCAGUAUUGGUGUAUGGCAGUUGGCUUUUGAAACAAUGAGUGUUAUAUCUGUGGUUACCAACUGUGCUCUGAUUGGAAUGUCACCACAAGUGAAUGCACUCUUCCCAGAGUCAAAGACAGACCUCAUUUUGAUCGUAGUGGCCGUGGAGCACAUGCUCCUGGCUUUGAAGUUCAUCCUUGCAUUUGCCAUACCUGAUAAGCCACGGCAUAUCCAGAUGAAACUGGCCAGAUUGGAAUUUGAAUCUUUGGAGGCACUCAAGCAGCAGCAGAUGAAGCUCACAGCCGAGAACCUGAAAGAGGAAUGCAGGGAAGGUGGGAAGGAGAAGGCGCCCUGA